GAUCGGCCACCAUCGUGCUGCCUAUUUCUCCUAAGCUCUUGUGUUCCUGCGGUGCUGCUCAUGCACCUGCACCACCAUCAUCUUCUCUGAGUUCCUCGUAGCCAUGUCCGUUUCCCUGGACGAAAUUAGCGACACACUCCUUCCCAGGCGGUACCAGGAGGAGAUCUUCGUGCGCGCACAGCAGGGGAACGUCAUCGCCGCUCUCGAUACCGGUAGCGGGAAGACAUUCAUCAGCACGCUGCUGAUCAAAUGGAUAUCGGCGCAGGAGAGCACGGAGCACAAGAUCACGGUGUUCUUGGUGCCCAAGGUCGCGCUCGUGCAGCAGCAGGGAGAGUUCAUCGCGAAGCAGACGUCGUUGCGCGUCCGCAUGUUCUCCGGGGCUACCGCACACGACAUGAGCGACCGCGGAGGAUGGGCGAACGACUUUGAGACUGCAGAUGUCUUCGUAAUGACAGCCCAAAUAUUUCUCAAUCUAUUGACGCACUCCCACUGGAGCCUCAGCAAGGUCUGCUUGUUGGUGUUUGACGAAUGCCAUCAUACGCGGAAGAACCAUGCAUAUAAUGGCAUCAUGCGCGAAUACUUUCAAACUGCGGAAGGCUGUCGCCCGAAGGUCUUUGGCAUGACUGCUUCUCCGAUCUGGAAUCCGAGAAAUGCCGCGGAAUCGUUGUCCACCUUGGAGAAGAAUCUUGAUGCAAAAGUGAUCGCUGUCAAGGAGCAUGUUGACGAGCUGAUUGGGCACUCCCCACGACCGGAGGAGCUCAUCAAAACAUACCGUCAGGCGCCCGAGGUAUACCCUGAAUACCAGAAGAAGUCACUUCGGCUUCGCUUGGCUCUCCACAAUACCCCACCCGAGGUCGGGAUUCCAGCCGACAAGAUUUUGACAAGAUACGAAGUGACGUAUUACAGCUUGGGACCAUUCGGUGCCGAGUUGUUCCUGUACACCGAGAUGAAGCAGCGUGUCGUGCAGCUCAUCCAAGAGGCGAUUGAGUCUGCCAUGGAGGUGCUCACUGCAGAGCAGUAUGCGAACGUCGCUCAUGGUGGUUAUCUCUCUGAGGUACCUGACGCUGUGCAUCCCAAGCUCAGAGAGUUUGAGAACAUACUUGCCGAGUUCAGUGCCGACUUUGACGAUCCACCAGACGGCGUCUUACCUACCCCAAUACCUCUCAGUUGGUGCUCCCCCAAGGUGAAGGUUCUGGCCGAGGAACUGUUUUCACGCUACACAUCGACGUUCCAAGGUAUCGUGUUCGUCGAACAGCGACAUAUCGCAACGUGCCUCGCGUCUAUGCUGCGGCGCAUCCCCUUUCUGGUCCACACCAUCAAAUGCGAGCCGCUCGUGGGACACGGCUCAGGCGCUGUCGCCAAGUCGCACCUCAAAGGAAUGGCCAUGCGCAAUCAACGAGAUACGGUGCAACUGUUCCGAGAACGGCGGCUGAAUCUUCUGGUAGCCACUUCCGUAGCGGAGGAAGGCCUCGAUUUCCCGGCAUGCGACCUCGUCAUCCGCUUUGAUCCGGUACAACAUAUGGUUGGAUACCUUCAGUCCCGUGGUCGUGCACGACACAAAACGUCGACAUUUAUUAUCAUGGUCCAGGAGGGCUCACAAGCUCAGGCGGAGCGAUAUCUGGAGUUCUUGCGCAGCGAACCCCAUCUGAAAAAAGUUUAUCAGCAACGCGACCUUGUCCCUCCCGAUGUCGAAGAGGAAGAGGACGAGAGCGAUGCGCCUGAUCCGUUCGACCUUGCUCGACGUGAACGAUAUGUUGUCCCUUCUACGGGUGCCAUCCUGACAUACAAUACUGCCAUCUCCUUACUCAAUCAUCUAUGCUCCCUUAUACCCCGCGAUCGCUUCACUCCCAUGCAUGCUCCUCGGUAUACUGGCGACUUCGUCGCUACUGUUACCCUCCCUUCUACCCUCCCUUUACCCUCAAACCUUCUCGUAUACGAGGGCCCGCCCAAGCGCUCCAAGAAAGAGGCCAGACGCGCGGCAGCCUUCUUUGCUGUGAAGAGUUUACACGCCCUAAACGUUUUCGACGAUUAUCUCCUCCCUGCGAAGAGCUCCGGUGCCGCUCAAGACGAGGACUCGGACGGCGUACCCAUCAAGAAUGUCGAGUCCGUCCCAGAUAUGCUGCAAGUCCCCGUCUGCGACCCGUGGGUCCUGGGCUCGACGCUCUGGCUCCACGUCGUACGUCUGGACGGGAUCCCCUCGGCCGGCCUCAUUACUGGCACUGCGCUUCCGCCCGCGGACCUGGUUGCGAACAACCUCUUCGUCUCGACCGACGAGCCCGUAGAGAUUGUUCUGCACCCGCGACACGCGUGGAGCCAGCGCCGAGCGAUGGAGGAAUAUACGAGGAUGGGUCUUUGGUGGUGCAUCACCGGCAGAGGAAUCACUCUCCCGCUGACAUGCUACCUGGUCCCUAUCACUCGUGACUGCAGAGUCGAUUUCGACGCGAUUGAGCUCGCGAUCGCGUAUCCAUUCGGGUCGUACAACUGGGAGGAUGUGUCCGAGGAAGAGUACGGGCGCGUGAUCUACAUGAAUAACAGGGAGUUCGGGCACCCGCUGCUCCUGCGGAGGAUGCGACCCGACGUGACGCCGUCGUCGACGCCACCCGCAGGGUCUAGGGAGGCCGGGUUCCCUACGUACCGCGACUACUGGCUGCACAAGUACACACGGAAGGGGCAUGCGCCGAACAUCUCGCUUGACGGGAUUUGCGUAGAAGGCAUAAUGCUGGAUCGUAACAACUCCUGUUCAUACUCCCUCGAGAACGACCCUCUACCCUCUUCCGCAUCGAAGGACGCGGGCUUGACUGUCAUCCUCCCCAUCGAACUCUGCAGAUGGGCCCUCAUACCCAGACACGUGUACCAGUCGUUCUCCAUCCUUCCCGAGCUCUGCCACCGGCUCACCGACGUUUGGCGCGCCCACGAGGUCCGAACCGCGCUCAAGCUCCCACCCAUCGUUGACGAUCUCCUCGUCCAAGCGAUUACCCUCCCUAGCGCAAACGCAGGCUUCAAUAAUCAGCGGCUUGAGACGUUUGGUGACGCCGUCCUCAAGCUGUGCGCGGUCGUCCAUCUGUACAACAGAUACCCCCACCGCCACGAGGGUCAGCUUGACAACAUGAAACGGACCGCGAUCGCGAACCGUACUCUUCUUGCGCGCGCCUUGGAGCAUGGGCUUGAGGAACACCUUACCCCGGAGACGCAGAGUAUCAGGUUGUGGAGGUAUGUCGUUACAGGGGAUGAGGCCUUGUUCGCGGUGCGGCCCUGUCGACGUGCGCUGCGGCAGUAUCCCCGGCGGAGCUUGCAGGACUGCAUGGAAGCGAUCCUUGGUGCUAGCUUCGCGACGGGGGGUAUUGACAUGGCGCUGCGGGCCGGUACCGCGCUGGGCCUUUCGUUUGGGGGACCAACACCUUGGUAUGUACGGUAUUCGGGUAGGUUGAAGGAGGCUCCUGCAGCACCGCUGUUUGCGGGGCUGCAAGAAACCCUAGGAUACACAUUCAAGCACGGGCACUUGUUGUUAGAGGCGAUCACACAUCCGUCGUUCCGUUCUACUGAUUGCUCGUCGUACCAGCGGCUUGAGUUUCUUGGGGAUGCGUUCAUAGACAUGGUCGUGACAGAGUAUCUGUAUAGGAAGUUCCCUUCUGCGACAUCUGGACAGCUAUCAUGGGCCCGUUCGCGCGCAGUCUGCGGGCCUGCAUUUGCGUCGAUCGCUGUCAAGCGGCUCGCGCUACACAAGCUUCUUCUCAUAAACAAUGUCGAACUCAGUAUGGCGAUCAGCAAGCACGUCCCGAUCCUUGAGGAGAUCACCGACGAGGAGAUCAUAAUCAACGGCUGGAAGCAUGACCCGCCCAAGGCGCUCAGCGACGUUCUCGAGAGCGUGCUCGGUGCGCUUUUCGUGGACUGCGACUAUAAUUAUGACAAGGCCGCCGCUAUUACGGAGAUGGUUCUUGAGGAUUUGCUUGCUGCACUGCGGCCUGAUCUUCCCAAGGAUCCGGUCACCGAACUCAUGGUAUGGGUGGCGCAGUCCGGGUGCAGGUGUAUCAGCUUUCUCAAGGGUCAAAGCCGGCCGGAAGUUCGGCGGUAUGACUGCAUGUCAGUGCUCGUCCAUGACACGAUCGUCGCGGGGCCCCUCGCCGCGCCAAAUCUCUCGAUGGCGAAGGGCCUCGCGGCAGAACGCGCUCGCGAAGUACUGGCGGAUCCCGAGUCGCCCCACCUCUUGUCCCGUGUUUGCACGUGUCCCAGGAAGGGUAAAGCCGCGAAGCGACUACCGUCGCCUUUGCCCAUGGAUGUUCCUGACAAGAAAGAGUUGAGCGACGAGACGACUGAGGGUUUCGCAAUGCUGGCACAGAUUCUUGUGGAGGAGACCAAGGAGCCAAUUGUGCCCGUAGAGGAUGACCACGGCACCGAUGCAGUAAGCGAGGACCUGAUCGAGGAACACGAAGUCGAAGAAAUGAUGGAAGUGGAAGUGGUUGUAUGAUUGGCCUCGAUAGGCAUGAUACUGUAGCCCUUACUCAUCCCUCUGUAUCACCCCGGAAUCUGUAUGAAUGACUAACUUC